AUGAUCAUUAGUAUUUUCACAAAUCUACAUAUUUUAAAGAUAAGCUUUAUUGAUAUAAUGGCUGAACUACGUGACCAGGUUUCUCAGUACACAGGCUUCGAACUUAACAAAAUUCAUCUCCCAAUCACAGAAGAGGAUAGACAG